AUGGCUUCCGAUUCCUCUGAUUCUUCCGAUUCUUCAUUCGCUCUUUAUAAUUAUAACCCUUCCACUGGAGCGGCAGUUGCAUUUGCUAUUUUCUUCGCUGUGGCUAUUGCUGGUCAUGUCUGGCAGAUAUGGCGCAACAAAAGCUGGUUUUUCAUUCCUUUUAUCAUCGGUGGACUAUUUGAAAUCUUCGGAUAUGCCGCGAGAUACGAUAGUGCAAAACAAUCCCCGAACUGGACGACUAUGCCCUAUGUUGCCCAGGAACUCUUCCUUCUAUUAGCUCCAUCCUUGUUUGCAGCAUCGAUCUAUAUGAUUCUUGGACGAAUCAUUCGACUUCUAAACGGCGGGUCGAAUUCGCUUGUGAGACCCUCGUGGCUUACCAAAAUCUUUGUCACGGGCGAUGUGGUUUCAUUUUUGAUGCAAUGUGGUGGUGGUGGUAUGCUUUCUAGUUCGAAGACAGCAUCCGGCCAGAAGCUUGGACAAGAUGUGAUCGUCGCGGGUCUUAUCGUGCAGAUCAUUUCGUUCGGCUUUUUCAUCGUCGUCUCUGCCGUUUUCCAUCGUCGUAUGCUUGCAACUCCUAUGCACCGCAUGAUUCAGACUACUAUUCCAUGGACCCGAUACAUGAAGGUGCUCUACUGCGGGAGUGCCUUGAUCAUGAUCCGGUCUAUCUAUCGAGUGGCUGAAUAUGUGCAAGGAAGCAACGGGUACCUGCAGAGCAAAGAAGCAUUUGUUUAUAUCUUCGACGCAAGUCUGAUGUUGAUAUGCUGUAUCUUGUUCCUUGUGUUCCAUCCCAGCAAGAUUUUGAAGAAGGGGGCUAUUAACCAGAAUGACAUGGAGAUGAAUGGCAAUUGA